AUGUUUGUGGAUAUGGCUCAGGUGGCCCCACAACUGGCCCCAGUCAGCAAGCAGCAGCCACCCUCGAUUCAGAAUUCCGAGACUUCAGAGCGACUGCCUCAGGUGGGCGAAUUCAUCGUCGGCGACAAAACCAAGCGAAAGUUUCGAAUUGUGAGUGUUCUGGGGGACGGAGGCUACGGGACCGUCUACGAGGCUACAGAUGAGAUUCGGUGGGUUCUUUUGGAGAUAUACUGUAUAUUAAUGUGGUAAAAGAAACAAUGUUGUUAGUUUUAUGCGGAAAAGGUUGAAGGACAAACUUCACCUUACGAAUUUAGGAAAGUUGCGAUCAAAACAGAGAAAUAUACAAAAAGCAUGCUUCACAUCGAGAUCAACGUCCUUCGUUCAGCCAACACAGAACAUUGCAAGCACAUUCUCGAACUGAUUGACCAUGUAAGCUAGUUUGUCAAUAAAUACUGUUACUCAUUAUUAAAUGAUGAAACAAAUCAUGGUAAGCAAGUUUAGUAACUUAUGUUUCCAGGGUGUGUCACGGCCGAAUUUUGCUUAUGUUAUCAUGCCGCUACUGGGUAAAGACAUUCACAGAUUGAGGAAUGAACAAAAAGAACGCAAAUUCUCUCUUGGCACCGCUAUUCGUGUCGGGAUUCAAGGCUUGAAGGUAUGCCAAUUUUAAAUAUAAUAUUUUGUGAAAAUACUAUUCUUACUGUAAUGGUGUUAUUAUAUGUUCUGUUGGUACAGACAUCAUUUUGUAACUUUAAAAUUUUUUAGUCAAUACAAGAACUUCACGAGAAAUGUGGCUUCUUGUCGCGAGAUGUGAAGCCUGGCAACUUUGCAUGUGGCCAUCCCAACUCAAUCGAAUGUCGCACAAUCUUCUUGAUCGAUUUCGGAUUGGCCAGGAAGUAUAUUGACAAGGUAUGUGAAGCUUGAAUGUAACUUAACCCUUGAUUUCAGAACAAAAACGUGUUGCCCUCAAGAAAAGAAGUCGGCUGGCGUGGAACGACAAGGUAUGGAUCGCUCCAGGCUCAUCAGAAACAAGAUCUGGGGCGGAAGGACGAUCUCGAAAGCUGGUAGGUGUUAAAAAUUGUCAAUAGUUUUGAAAGCUGUAAUACAUCACAUAUCAAUGACCGUAGCUUGAUUUGUUAAUAUUAACAAGAGUUUUUUGCUGUAACUACCAUACGUCGAGUUAAUAUAGGCUUUUAGGUUCUACAUGCUCGUCGAAAUCACAAAAGGCCAUUUACCAUGGCGUGCGAUGACCGACCGUGACCAAGUCUACGCGGCCAAACUCUCGUCCCGCACCCUUAAUCGCCAAAACUUCCUGAGCGAAUGCCCAGACGAAUUCUGUCGGAUUCUGAGUCACAUUGACAUGAUCAAGUUUGCCGAAGCUCCAGCGUACGGCGAAAUUCUAGCCUUCUUGAACAGCAUCAUGGCCCGGCUUCACGUGAUGCCAGAUACUCCGUUUGAUUGGGAAGACGACUCCUCCAACAUGAGCUCCACCAAAAACUCCAGCUACAGCGACAACGAACAGCGAUGCAACCGCAACGACCGACUUAGUCGCGAGAACGCGUUACACUACUAG